UUGUCAAGUGAGAGCCAACAAGGAUUCACGCGAGCUCCAAACAACAAGAUGGGAAUUUUUGCGAAGCGUACCAAGACGAAAACUCGGCGGCGAACCCGCGAUCUCGACCAGAUCCAGGCCGACCUCCUGUCGCCUAGGCACCUUGAGCAAUACAAGGAGACCAAGGCCGCGGAGGACCUGCCUGGUCUGGGACGACACUAUUGUAUCGAGUGUGCCAAGUGGUUUGAUACGGAAACGACCCUAGUUCUGCACCGCAAGGGAAAGCCGCACAAGAGGAGGCUUAAGCAGUUGCGUGAGGGUCCUUACACACACGAGGAGGCCGCCGCCGCCGUCGGCUUCAGGAUAGACAACGGCCCGGAAAAGUCCAAAUCCCAGGAUAUUGAGAUGUCCUAGCAUUCUUGCCUUCAAGCAGACACUCAGUCUACGAUACCAAGGGAGGCGAGGCGAGCUCCUUUUCAGCAUGUACCCAGGGAUGAAUUGCAGCAUGGUAGAGGCGUUCGGGCGGCGUCAGGCAGGAAAAGGAAAGCUGCUAUUCUUCAUUGUGCUUUGCCCUUCUGGUUCAGGUACCUAGGAAGAGUUUUUUUACAUUUAGCAAUAUCCCAAACACGUUCCAGCACCUGUGUUGGUGGCAG